AUGUCCACGUGGAAAUCGAGGCUCACCAAAAGCCUGAAGCUCCCGUCUCGAAGGAUGCACUCCUUCCCAUGCUCAGCUCUGCUGGCCUGUUUCGGGACCACCAGGGAAAAUGCUGCCUUUGAUCAGUCCAGCUCGACGGAUACUCACUCCGCCAUCUAUGUCCAGCCCACGGCCAAAGCAGGCAGACAUCCAAGUCACCCAAAGGUAGAAGAAGGAGCGCCAGAGAAAAGGCGAGAUUCUGGUAUGCACUCGGAACAAAACGGCACUGGGAAUGGCAGUAAGAGCAAACAUUCCGCUGUCCAGCCUGCAGAGACCCCCGAGGAUUUGCCCAGGUCCCUGAAGGACGAACCAGACCACGAAGCCGUUCCUUUCCAGACGUCCAUCCCGAGACCAUCAAUUAUUGACAUGCCAAAGGAAGAAGAAUCCCAUCAAGAGCCCCAGGGUCCUGAGCUGGAGCAGAAGAUGCUAUCAGACAGCCGGCUUGAGGACAUUGACCCCAAAGACUCCUGUCUCAUUCCAAGAAACAUCAUGGCCGAGCCAGACUACAUAGAAGAUGACAAUCCUGAGCUAAUUAGGCCCCAGAAGCUGAUCAACCCUGUCAAAACGUCCCGAAACCACCAGGACCUCCACAGAGAGCUUCUCAUGAACCAAAAAAGGGGUCUUGCUCCUCAGAAUAAACCAGAGCUGCAGAAGGUGAUGGAGAAGAGGAGGCGAGACCAAGUGAUAAAGCAGAAGGAAGAGGAAGCUCAGAAAAAGAAGUCCGACCUGGAAAUAGAACUGUUGAAGCGGCAGCAGAAGCUGGAGCAGCUUGAACUUGAGAAGCAGAAAUUACAAGAAGAGCAAGAAAAUGCCCCAGAGUUUGUGAAGGUGAAAGGCAAUCUCAGGAGAACAGGCCAAGAGGUGGCCCAGGCCCAGAAGUCCUAGGCCCAGGCUGUGUGACCUGGUGUGUCCCCACCAUCUGUUUCCGCAGGGGCCCUGUCUAGGCUCUACAGUGCUCCUCUUGGCCAAAGCCCUGAGGGAGAGCACCCAGCAGAUGAGAAAUUUGAUUAUCAAAAAGGAUUGCGUUUGAUUUACCAUUGUGGUAAAUGAGUCUCUGACGGUUGCCAUUCCCGUUCGCCAAAUGGACAUCGACCAGCAUACAAGACACCACGGACCUGUGUUUAGAGACUUUAGACAAAGAAACCCACGGAACAAGUGGAGAGAGCCAGGAAGCAAGCACUGGAACACGCGUGAGGGCUGAUCCUCGGCCUUUCUCCCACUCCAAGUUUAGUGGGGCUCAGAGCCUUCCUUGUUCUUUUAAAAACUACGAGAGUUGUUCGGAAUCCCUCUUGGGUUAGCUGUUAUUGUUUUGACUGCAUCGAAAUGCUUUUCAUCUGUUACAUCCAGUAUUGUAUUUCAUUUUGAGACCCCAGAUUUUACCCCCACAUUACAAGCUAAGAAAGGAGGCUAUUACUGUUUAUGUUCAGUCAGACUUUUACUUUGGUUGACAGUGAAGCUCUGACACAGGAUUGGCCAUGUUAACAUGUCAGCGCCCAUCAUGAACUUACUGUAAUCCCCUUAGGUUUGGUGUGGCAGCAGGUCAGAUGUCCCCUCUCCGCUUCCAAGAAGGUACAAACAGCCUUUCGAUGCCUUUCUUGUUCUGACAGCCAUAGGCUUUCUGUUCAGUUUUAGUUUGUCAUUUCUUGCUCAACUAUUCCUUUCAGUUGAAGCAAUUCCUCAGUUCUCUGGUGGAUGAAACUCAACUUCUGUGUUCCGUAUAGAGAGACCAGAUCUUUUGAGUUCUCCUGCGAGCAGCGUAGAGGGGUGUCCAUUAGGACUGGGUGACGAGGCCUUUAGAGAUUGUAUGUAUUGCAAAUAGAGAUCUGUUUCUAGGAGACUUUAGUGGAAGACUAUACUUUUUACAUUUUGAGUAUUUUAGAUUUGAGCUUUGAACAUCCCUGACAGAUGGUCACAAGUUUCUUUCCCUUCUGUUUCUUGUGGAGAAUGACUAUCUUGGCGCUCUCUUGGCAUGAUGCUGUUGGUAGGGAUGGUCCUGACUACUGUGUUGCAUCUCUCAGGAAAAGCCGAAGUGCUGGGCAGGACUGCUCAGUCUCCUCUUGCUAGCUAGCGCGCUGUUCUAAGAGACAUCUAGGUUACACGUAAUAUGAACGUUCUCAUGCAAAAUAUAUUUUAUGCUACAGGCAUGAGAGUUUUUUUUGUUUUUGGUUUUUUUUUUCCUUUUUAGCAUUUAGUACUUCUCCAUAGAGAUGAUUUAACCAGUAAUUUCUACACUGAAGACUUCUUUUUCCUUCCAUGAUGCAUAGAAUACUGGUAGUGCUUUGGAAUCCUUGAUUAGCACACUAGAUGCUAGUUUUCUCUGGGAACACUUCAGUCUGGGAAUUAACGGGCCCAUGUUCCCUUCAAGUAUGAAUAAGAAGUAAAUGGAUGACAGUUCACUGCUAGAUGAUAAGCACGAGAGCCGAUUAUAGCAGAAGGGAUUCUGGGUCCUAUCACAAGUGUUAUCUAAAUAAAAUAUGAGAUGCUGAAGGUAAGAUGGCUUGCCCUUGAAGAUCGGCAUGGUGA